GGCCAGCCCCUACUUCAGGGCCAUGUUUACAAGUGACAUGGCGGAAAGUCGUCAGAAGACGGUUGUUUUACAGGGUUUAGAUGCAGGCUCAUGUGGAGAUAUCCUGAGUUACAUCUACUCGGGAACCCUCCAUGUGUCCCUGGACAAAGUGCAGCCCCUGUACCAGGCAGCCGACCUCCUCCAACUGGACUAUGUGAGAGACACGUGCAGCAGCUACAUGGCCAUGAACAUUGAGCGCUUCAGUCGUGUGGACCUGUACAAGUUUGCUGAUGUCUUCUCUGCAGACAAUGUCCGGAAGCGUUGUCUGCAGUUGAUCCUUAUAAACUUUACAGAGGUUGCCUCCAGCAAGGAGUUUUGCAGCCUAAGUGUGAAUCAGCUUUCUGAGAUCAUCAGCCACGAUGCACUGGAUGUUAAAGAGGAGACAACAGUGUGGGAGGCUGUGGUGAGAUGGGUGCAGCACAGCAGGGAGGACAGACUGCAGCACCUACCCAUCCUCCUCCCUCACAUCCGCUUCAACCUGCUGACCUCAGACAAAAUGGCAGCCAUCUUGGAGCACCCCCUAAUCAGGGAGGAUUCUGGGACAUCUGAAGUCAUCAGGAAUGUGGUAAAGGAGGCUUCCAAUCUGCAGACAAGAAUUGGGAUGGAGACACUGGAAAUGGUUCUGCUUUUCCAUAACAGGAAGAAAAAAAUCCUCUACAUGAACCCCAGGGCAGGGAUGUUCCUCAGCUGCAGUUACAGUACUGAAGAAUUGCAUUCAAUCAAAGCUAUGGCAGUUACCAGUAGUAAUAUUACUUACUUCAUGGCAACUAAAGAAUCAGAGGAACAGAACCUGCUGUUCCUGUUCCAUGUAGAGAAUGAGUGGGAACAUGCGUGUAUGUCAUCAGUUACUAUGUUUCUGAGACUGGGAAAGGAUGUGCUAAAAGAUGAAGUGCACCUUGUUGAAAUUGAUCAGAUUUUGUACUACCUUGGCGUGGAAACAAGAAGCGACAGUACCUUGGUGCGGAUGAAAAAGUACAGCUGGCUCUCUGACCAGUGGCAGGAGUGUUCACAGCUGCUAGUUGAUGGGCUUUCUAAAUACAACGCUCCAGUGAUCUGCGGUUCAUACCUCUACUUCAGAACGAAGUCAGAAAUGCGCCGCUACGACCCGAGCCAGGACCAGUGGGACCCGAGGAGCCCGCCAGGCAUCAACCUUCCAGUCCACACAGCCGUUGCCAUAGGAACAGAGAUCUUCUGCACGGACCAUGUGUUUAGACAGAUCAUGGUGUGCGACACAGAGUCAGACAGCUGGCAGGAACUGCAAGGCUCGUCAAACCGAGAGUUCCCCUCUCACCUGUUGAUUAGUAAUCCCCAAUUCUUCGUUCUGGAGAACGAGCUGUAUGUGAGGUUAGAAGCCUAUAACACUGCCAUAGAAGGGGCAUCGAUAUACUAUAUGGUGUAUGUGUAUGACAGGUAUGUUGAUACCUGGAGAGACCUGAAGAUCACCCUGCCUAACCAUUACUAUACACUGUGUCGUUCCAUGUGCCAUGUGGCACGUAUGUACCGACCACUGCUUGAUGCUGUGUGUGCUCAUGUAGAGGUUUAAAAUGCAACAAACUAAGAUGACUUCUUGAUUGAAGUUAAUCGGAUUUGUAGCAUACGGUUCCAUGUACCAUGUGGCACGUAUGUACCAACCAAUGCUGUAUGUGCUCAUGUAAAGGUUUAGAUGUAGCAUUACAAUGACUUCUGUGGCGAAAGUUCAUUGGAUUUGAUGUGACGUUUCUGUAUAUUUGAGAGCAUAUAAGGCGACACUGCUUGGCAAGGCAUAUGUAGCGUAUGGUACCAUGUGGCAUGUAUGUACCCACCACAAAAUACGGACACAUAAAGGCUUAGAUUUGACAAACUACGAUGACGUUCUUGUUUGUUUUCAUGUUCCUGUAGAAUUUAGAGUAUUUAAUAAGAUAAGGAGUAUAUAAGGAGGUACAAUAUACGCCGAGUUUAAAAAAAAUAAGGAGUUCAAGAGUCUGUGUGUGUAUCAGCGCUAGCAGACCUGCCAAAGUUUCGAUUAAGCAGGACAGGACUCUUUACGGAUAUCUUUGUCUACCACAGUUUUCAGUUUUUGCUGAAUGCUCAUUUUUCAUGCAGUUUAAGUAGAACUUUGACCUUGAUCAGAAAUUAGUGCUUCUUUGUUAAUGUAGAGAAGAACUGCCGCCACUAGAAAGCAGAACACAGUUGAGGAAUGCUACCAGGCAGCACAAUCGUUAAGAAACUUGUCCAAUCAUUGUAUUCUAUUUUACCUGUUCUUCAAUUUAUUAUCCAAACCAAAUAAACCAAAUAGCCGUUCAUA